AUAAUGAGCUCGAUAUCUACGCUAUUUUACGCUUGGACGCUAUUGAGUUUGUGUUUAAGAAUUGUUGAUGAUUUGUGAGGAUUUCAUUCAUUCGGAAGAAAAAAAAUAAGUUAGCAAGAAAAAAAAAAACACGAUCAGGUUGAGACCUGAUCAUAUGCGUGGAAUACGGAUUUUACCGCGAAGAAUGUUACCCCAGUUAACGCUCAAUGCCAAGAAUACUAUUUUACUUAUGGUAAUGUUUGCCUUUGUAGUUCCAGCUUACACAAAAGCAAAAGACUAUGUCUUAAUGCUUACGACCCACAACGACCGAGCGCUACAUAUAAAUGACGUCGGCAAGGUGACUGCAGCUAACAUAGCUUUUGCACAACCGAUAACCAUGGAUAAUGUUGGUGAUCCAUUUAAUGGCGAUCCAUUCUUUAUUACGCUUUAUGCCAAACAAGUUGGACGAUUUUUGUGCUUUCGACAUGGCAGAUUGGAGGGACUGAAACAACUCACUCGCGAUUGCCACUUCAGUGAGAGCAUUGAACAUGGCCACUACAUGUAUGCGAAUGCCUACAAUGCAACGCUGCGCGUAGGUUUCACGAAACGUUUUAAGCCCAUCGGACCGAAGCGGCUGAAACAUGCGCGCAGCAUUAGCAAAGAUCAUUUCCUCUUUGAGCGACGCCGUUUGGAAGAUAUUACUAUUAGUAGAAUCACCUCUGCAACUACAAGAAAAACAGCAAGUAAACCCAUCACCACCACCACCACCACCAUCUCCACUACCACAACAACCACACAUACACCCAAAGUUACACGCAUACAGCGGAAUAGAUAUAAUACCCACAAAAACAAUAACAAUGACAACAGUUCCACACUAAAAGCCACCACAGUACAGGAGAGCCUACAGCAACCACAACAAGGACUGCAUACAGAAGCUGCAAAGAGUAUUACCAAUAAUAAUAAUGAUAGCCAUAGUCUUAGUGAAGAUAAUAGAAUUAAUGAUAAUAAAAGUAACAACAAGGGCAACAACAAUAGGCCACAGCAACAAGGAGGCGAUUUGCUGGAAGAGCGUCUCCGUAAGUUGCAACGCGCCGAACAGCAUCCGUUGCGGCACGAUAAAAAUAGUAUUGAAAAGAAGAAUCACCGACGUCGUCUACACAAUCGGCGGAAACAACAGCAAAAGCGACAACAACAACAUAAUUUGUCAACGAAGGGUGUGGUGCGCCACCAUUACAACAACGGCACAAAAAUGGCGCGCAGACGUCAACAUGAACGCGAGCAAUUGCUGCGCAAACAAAGUCGUCACCGUCAGCAAAUGUUGGCGCGACAAGAACAGCAACAGCGCCAACAGCCGCCACCGACGGCGCGUGGUGCAGGCGCAGCGGCUAGCUCUACGGCGUCAACAGCGGCAUCAGCGCUCACAGCCACUGCCGCAUCGCUAGUGCCGACAACGCUGAUUGACAUCAUGGCUAUGUUGGCCGCGUCGCGUCGCAAGCGCGGAAGACGGAAAAAGGAGGUUACAGAAGAGGAGAGUGCAAGCACGCGCGCAACAAGUGGUGCGGGUGCGGGUGCGGCUGGUGGCACGCAAGCCGAUAUACAAAUAGCUGUGACACAAACAGCGUUACCCAAACCAAUGGCGACAGAGAUGGUGGUGAAGCGUCAAACGUCGCAGCGCUUACCGUUGGAAAGUGGAGAGCAGGCGCCGGCGCGCCCGCUACAUCAAACAGCACUGGGUGCUGCGCUGAAGGAUGCGUUGGCAGCGCCAACACAUAAGCAUCGACAUCAGCAUCAAGAGCGGCGGCCGCACGCGCUAGCAACGGCCGACAUACCAGUGAGCGCGGCGCAACAUGUUGCUGAGUUGAAGGCUGCGCAAGCGCAAGCGCAGCCAAAAAAACAGCAACAAACAGAUGAAUACUCAAAUAGUUAUGUUAAUAAUAAUUUAAUUAGUAAUUAUAAAUUAAAUGCUUACACUAAUGCUAAUGCUAAUAAUGGUAAUGAUAAUGAUAAUGUUAAUGCAAUACCUGCCUUGCCAAAAAACUACUUAUACGAAGACGCGCAUCAACGCGCCGAUUAUGAUUAUCAUAGUCACGAUGAUGAUGACGACGAUAGCGAUAAUGUUAACGAUAAUAAUAACUAUAGCAACAACAAUAACUACAGCAACAGCAAUAGGCGUAGUAAGAGUAGUGUUAGUCAAAAUAGUGAUAGUAUUAAGCCUAGUAUGACUGAUUAUAGUAGUAAUAGUAAUAGUGAUUUUAAGUUUAGUCAACAACAGCAGCAAACGCAAGCAACACUUAACCAUAUUAGACAUAGACACCGACGACGAGCUGCUGCCACCGAAGCCACAAACGAAGCAACGCUGGCAAUAGCUCACGAUCAACAACAUAGUCAUGUUGACACGAACGACAACGAUGUUGCUGCCAACAUUGUUGAUGGGCAUGUUGCUGAGCAACAGCAGCCCGUUCAACGCGCACAGCAACAAGUGAAUUUGGCAAAAAACGAACAAGCUGCCGCGGAAGUGAACGCUUCCGUGGCGGACUUCGGACGCCAACAAAACGCUAAAACGAAUAAAAAUACGGCAGCAAAUGCUGAAACGAAUAUAAUAGCUGCGAAUACAAAUACGAAUACAUAUAUGGAAGAUAACAACAAUAAUAAUAACAAUAAUAAUAACAUUGGAAAUAUUGAUAACAUUAGGCUUAAUAGUAAUCGUAGGGUUAGUUAUAAAGAUAACGGUGACACUAAUGUGCACACUGCUGUUGAAAAGCCAGAUGCUGCUGUUGCUGCCGCUGUCGACGGCGAAGGUGCAGACGCUGGCGGCAAUGGCGUGAGAGACAAUAAUGUGAAGCGUAAUUUUUUUGGUAUACGCCUGCCGUUUUUUCGUCAACCUAGCAUCAAUAACAACAAUAUUAACAGUAAUAAUCAUUAUAUUAUGCCUCGUGUUGACAACAACACUAAUAUGGCUGUCGUAGCGAGCGUAGGUGAUAAUCGUGCUGCCGCUAUGCAAAUGAAUGCAAACGCUAAUCAAGUAGCCAGUGUUAAUCAAAUUAAUGUGCUAGCAACGCCACAGCAACAACAACAACAACAACAACGGCAAGAGCAAGCAGCGUCCAUUAACGGUGCUGCUGUCACUGCCGCCGCUGUUGUUGGCAAUUUAGCUUUUGCCGCUCGCUUAGCGCACGCAUACAAUUACGAUAAUCACAAUGUUAUUGAUGCUAUUCACCAUAAUCUUAAUAAUAUUAAUAAUAAUAAUAACAAUAAUGCUAAUCAUGUUAUGAAUGAUGAUGACGAUGGAAAUGUGCAUGCUGCAAAUACCGAUAAUCUAAAUAUUCUUAGUGAGCAUGUGUUAGCCGCUGCUUAUCAUAAGCGUUUUUUUCGUAGCUUAAAUUAUGCUAAUACUAAUCACAAUGUGAAUAAUAAUUAUAAUGAUGAUAAUGAUAACAAUGACCCAGGCGUGCAUAAUGACGAUGAAUGGAAAAGAAAUCAUAAUAAAUAUGAUAUGACUAUAGUACAAUACAGAUAUGUAGUUGUCUUUUAUUAG